CGAAGCUCAACGAUCAUUAGUCAACAUUUUCUCGCUUUUGUCAGAACAAAUCGGAAAAAUGUUGAAGUUCCUGUCUAUUCUGGCUUUGCUGGCUUCGCCAGCCUUGGCCGAUCCCAGACCAGAUAUUGGCGUUCCAGCGACCAUCAGUGGAGUCUCCUUCGGCAGUCUGGACACGACCGGCAACAUCGUAGCCAACGUCGAUCGCAUCCUAUCGAUCCUCAACCAGUUCCAUACGAUCGUUGAAAGCUUGUAUUACGUCGAGACACCCGAGUAUAGCCUGGCCGCCGAAAACUUCCGCUCAGUGAUGGACAGUCUGGUUGAGGGUGGUAGCCCCAUUUUCCAGGGACUGUCCAACUUUGCCAAGGUUUCGUCCGGAGACGCGAAGAGAGCGAUCGGUGCUAUUCAAAGCGAUAUACAGUAUUCUGCUGGAUCGAAUCAGGAGCAUCUGCAGCUGCUGAACCAAACCCGACUAGUGCUUGGAGACAAGACAGCGGAUUAUUUCCGAACCGUGCUGAACCAACUCACCACCAAUCUUGGAAACAUCUCCGCUGUCUUGAACAAUAUCCAAGAGGCGGUCCUUCGCAUACAAGCGCUUGAUACAAAAACUGACGCGGCCAUUAAAGCGCUGGUUCCUACAAACGACAUCAGAGCGUUGAAUGCUGUCCUCAGACAAUAUAUACUGAUAGGAGAUGCUGCCGUUCCGGAGAUUCGAUCGGUUGUGACUCGUAUGCGAUCGGUGGAUAGCUUCCGCUCGCGACUGCAGAGCGUUGUGAACCAACAAAGGUUGUAUUUGAAUUCUACGGUAGAACGUAUAUCCUCGUAUGUACAAGCCAAUGUUGUUGGUCGUGUGAAGAACAGCUUGACUGCAGUACGCGACCAGUUGAUAACACGAAGCUCAAAGGCAGUAGCAGGUCUUUCAGGACUUCAAAUCUACAGUUUGUCUGAUUUGUGGGCUGCCGCCAACGAAACUGCACCGGUACUUAGUUCGUUCGUUACUCGAGUGUCCAGCGGAGUUAAUGUUCUCAUCGGACAAGUAUCGAGACUAGCAGUUGACGGAGAACGUAGCUUCGCGGCUUUGAAGUUCAUCGAGGACGGUUUGUUGAACAGCACCCGCACUAUCGCGCUGGCAAUGACCCAACGCUACCCCAAGGCUGAUACCUGCUUCGCCCAGAACAAUUACGAGUUUGAUAAGAUACCUCGUGCGGUAUAUACUCAGCUCUACAAUUGUCUUUGGGAUACGACCAACGAUCUGACCUCAGCGGCCGUCGACUUCAACUACGUCCUCCAGCUGGCCGUAAUCGAUAUGAACUACGGACUUCUUGGAGUGGAACGAUGCCUCUCGUUGCUGUACCGGAACGCGCCAGAUCUUGUCCAGGUUCAAGCGGCUGCCUGUCUGCGGGAAGUAACAGCAUUCCUUGCCGGUCGCCGCGUGUACGAACAGCAACUAUCGAGCUUCCAGCAGCUCGCCACCAAAGAACCAUUGUACAGCUCUCAACGGUACGAAUUUUGUCUGAGGUCUCCUCAGGGCCAAGGCAUCGCCCAGAUUAAUUACCUGCAAGUAUCGAUCAAUCGUUGUUUGAAUAUUACCGCACCUACAAUCGUGCCGUUCAAAUUCCGUGGCAAGGUUACAAUCCACUUUGGUUAGUGUACGCCUUGGUCAGGUCCUUGCCUAUGAUGAUUCAAUAAAAUUUGCAUUCAUAA